CAUCCCGACAUUUCCGACACAUUUUGCCGUUGUAUUCAAAGCGAGUGAGUGAAUCUUUUUUGUAUUCACUUCAUUCAGUCAUCUAGCCGAUUGAUGCAGUUCAAUUCAUACAUUGCAUGUUGAUCGAACGAGAGGCACGGGAAAUUCAGUAAUUCACUUUAAAUGAAAGAAAUCGUAAAGAAAAUGUGUCGAAAUUUGAGUGAUACAAUUUGAAUGUGAUCUUUCCUUCGGAGAAUUAGCUCUGUAUCAUACAACACACAGAAAUGCUCCAAGUGCUAACAGAAAAGAACGGUGCGAAUGUAUCGUUGAGUAGAAACUCAAUACCAGUCAACGGUGAAACAUUAAAACCAAAGUGUUCUGUGAGUGAAAAUGUUGCUUCCGGUGCUGAAAAUGAACAGAACGUUUCAACAAUCGACGACAUUAAGAAGUCCGACUGGAAGUUAUCCGAUUUUGUCAUUGAACACCGAUUGGGGAAUGGACGAUUCGGCAAAGUGUAUCUGGUGCAUGAAAAAAGAUCGAUGCAAGCGUUUGCCAUGAAGAAACAAAACAUUAAUCCCGUAAAUGAAUUCUUGGUGUGGCGAGAGGUCGACAUACAGGCGAGUCUGCAUCAUCGAAACAUUUUACGUAGUUACGGUUACUUCGUACAGGGCACGGACGUCUAUUUGAUUUUAGAGUUUGCCCCAAAUGGCAAUCUGUUGAAAAAAUUGAACGAGCAACCGAACAAACGAUUCGAUGAGAAAAGUGCUGCCCGCUACAUUCUGUCUUGUACGGAAGCUCUUAUCUAUUUACACGACCGUGAAAUUAUCCACCGCGACAUUAAGCCAGAAAAUUUGCUGCUUGGUGCGAACGAUGAACUAAAAAUUGCAGACUUUGGUUGCUCAGUGAAUACUCACAACCAGAGGCGUAGUACGAUUUGUGGCACACGUGACUAUAUACCACCGGAAAUCAUAAACGGUGAACCAUAUUACAAAGAAGUUGACUUGUGGAGCCUUGGCGUUCUGUGCUAUGAUUUACUCAUCGGAGAAUGGGCCUUCAAAGCACCGACUGAAGAAGACACCUACUGGAAAACAAUCCUGGCACACUACAAUCCAUUUCCGGAUUAUCUAUCACAGUCAGCAUGCCAAUUGAUUCGAGAACUGAUUGUUGUGAAUCCGGAACGUCGUCUACCUCUGGUCAACGUAAAAAACCAUCCUUGGAUCAUUGCCAAUACACAAUAAGUUCAGUUGUUACUUACUGUGCUCGAAUAUUUUGCUGAAUGAAUUCAAAAUUGAU